AUGUCAAUUACAAAAUUUUUAAGUUUAAUAUUUGGGUAUAGAAAGACUAAUACUUCUCUGCUCUUUUUUAUUGGAUCUUUAUUUAUUUUUCUUCUUUAUUUAUGGAAUGAAAUUGGAUAUAAAUAUACCUUACCACCAGUUGAUAGCCCAAUUCCUAUAAGACCUUAUUUAGAAAGAUCAUGGAAUUAUUUACAAGAUAUUACAUUUUCCUUCCAUCCUUAUACUUCAAGGGAUAAUGACCGUGUACAUGAUUAUAUUUGGAAUCGGGUUAAUGAAAUAACACACGACGUUAAUUAUGCAGAACUACAAGAUGAUAUGCACAAUGAAUCAUAUAGUUUGUGUAAGCAGCAAGAUGUUUUCAAUAUAAGUUCUACUAGAACAAGAGUCAUAUAUUUUGAAUCAUCAAAUAUACUAGUAAAAUUGGAAGGUAAAGACCCAUCUCUAUCAGCACUUUUGUUAUCGUCACAUUUUGAUUCAGUUCCAACAUCACAUGGUGCUACAGAUGAUGGAAAAGGUGUGGCAUCAAUGUUAGCUUUACUAGAAUAUUAUUCUUUAAAUCAACCAAGGAGGACUUUGAUUUUUAAUUUUAAUAAUGACGAAGAAUUUGGUUUAUUAGGUGCCUCUCACUUUUUGAAUCAUGAAUGGUCGAGUUUGGUAGAAUAUUUCAUUAAUUUAGAAGGUAUGGGGACGGGCAGUAAGGCUGUUAUGUUUAGAACAUCUGAUAUUGACACAGCAAGGAUAUACAAAGACGCUGUGAAAAUACAACCAUUCGGUAAUUCUAUUUUCCAAGAAGGGUUUAAUAGAAGGGUUUUAUCAAGCGAAACUGAUUAUAAAGUUUAUGUUAAUGCUGGGUAUCGUGGUUGGGAUAUAGCGUUUUAUAAACCAAGAGACCUUUAUCAUACCAAGAGUGAUGAUAUUAAACAUACAUCAAAGGAAGCUUUGUGGAACAUGUUAUUUAUAUCUUGGCAAUUGUCUUCCUUCUUAAGUAAAAUGGACGAUGUUUCUUCGUUUAACAAUAAUCCGGCAAUAUAUUUUGAUAUAAUGGGGUUAUACUUUUUCACCUUGAGUGGAUAUGACUUAUUUAUUAUUAACUUUAUUCUUAUUAUAGUGUCUCCUCUGUUGUUGAUUGUUCUAUAUAUUUUAACCAAAAAUAAACAUCAAUUGCAUAAUUCCAAUAUUGUAACAUGGUUAAGACUGCCCUUUUGUGUAACUAUUGCUAUUGGUUCUAUAAAUGUAACUGAAGUAUUUAUGAGGGAUAUGAACCCAUUUAUUGUAUUCCGUCAUUCAUAUACUCCAUUAUUUACUUUAUUGUUGGAAUUUUUACUUAUUAUUUUAAUCAUUGAUCCUAUAAUCGCUUUUUUUUGGCCUGAUGAUAAAAUUAAAGAUAUUAAUUUGAUUGAAAUAACUGCAGUAUUCUGGUUAGUUAUGUUGUACACAACUGUCAGUCUUUAUUUAAGUGAAUAUCAGAAUACAGGUGUUUACUUAUUUACUUUGAUUUUUGUAGGAUUGUCACUCACGCUUUUUGUGAAAUUUAUGGCAACAUUAUUAUACAAAAUAGCCCCAAAAAAUACAUCUAUCGUGUCUAGUUCUAGAUCUACCUCUGGUUCUAGUUAUGAUAGUACGAUACAGGGACAAAAUAGCGAAGAAGUUGAAGAAACAUCAAGAACAUCGGUUUCCAAUAGUGUAGAAGACGAAAGAGCUCCUUUGAUUGAUACCGUACCGGAUCUGUAUCAAGAGAAUGAAGCAUCAUCGAAAAUUCAAACUACUCCAAAGAUAACUAGAAGUCAAUACGAGUGGACCAUUCAGCUGGUUAUUAUUUUCUUAAUAUUACUUAUAACAUAUCAAAGCAUUCUUCAAGUACUAGAUGCAACAUCUCAAACGGUUAUUGGAUCAAAUAAGUCCUUAGAUAUUGUUUGGGAUAUAUUGUUUCUUGGAACAAUUAUCUUAGGCUUACUUUAUUCACCAUUUUUGAAUUUAAGAAUUGAGUUGAUCUCUCUUAUUAUCGUAAUAUUUUUAGGGCUAUUUGUAACUAAUAUUUUUGAAACCCCGUUUACAGCAACUACCCCAUUGCAAAUAAAAUUUAGUCAAGAUUUGGAUGGAUUGGUUACACUUGGUGGUGUUGGUACUAAUUUAGGCUACAUUAAGCAUUUUGUUUUAGAUUUACCAAGUUUUAGACAAGGUUCUGGAUGGAUAGAUUGUGACUAUCAAAUGCAGACAUGUACUUAUCAAGGUAUACCUCCCAAUCUGAUAGACUGGGAUUCAAACAAUGGUGAACCAGAUAUCAUGUCUAUUCAAGUAUUAAGAAAUGACCGGAAAGAUGGAAGCCGUUCUAAAUACGAGCCAAUAUAUGCAGAUAUCAUGUUACAUGUGAAAGAAAACAGAGCAUGCAGUGUUUAUUUUAAUGGGACUGGAAGUGAUAUUUCCAGUGUUAAGGAAGUGAUUAUCUAUGAAGAUAACCAUAAUAAAGUUCUUGAUACAUUUAAAUGGAGCAAAGGUAUUGAAGAGCUACAACUCCACAAAUUGGAUUUUGAUAAACAAUAUUAUCAUAUAGGAAUUCGCUGGUUUCCGAAAAUCUUGUCAACUGAUAGUCUUAUGGCUAAAGACAGUAUCUUAUCAAAGAAUAGUAGUGAUAUUGAGGAUAUUGAUAAAUUGGGGAUGACAGUAAUAUGUUACUGGGGUGAAUACGAUGAAGAAGUUAUAAUUGACGGCGAACAUAGAAGAAAAGUACCGGCGUUCGAUGAAUUGUUAACAUAUGCUCCAAUAGAUUAUUCUUUUAGUAAUAGAGAAAAGGGAAUGGUUCACCAAAAGAAAUACAUAGAAUUAUGA